AUGGAGUUAGCAGCAUGCGCGAAAAAGGAAAAGACCACGCUUCAAGACGCGAUCAAUGAUGAGUUACGAGAAGGAGUAAAAACGCGUCGAAUCGAGAAUUCUCUGUAUAAUGCAACCAAGAAGUUCAUGCUUCUCAAGGGGUUGACAAUUAAUAUGGUUGUGAAUCUGAACGACGCCGCCGAAAUGUUAGGGGUGCCGAAGCGAAAAUUAUACGAUAUAACGAGUGUGAUGGCUGGAAUCAACUAUAUCUAUAAAACUAGCACAAAUCAGUUUCGAUGGACGGAAGAGGCGAAUCCGAAAGAAAUAAAAGCCAGGAAACGAGAAAACGAUAUUCUUAAACGGCGUGAAGCAUUCCUUGAUGGUGUUAUAAAGGAUAUUCAAUCGCUUACACGCCUCCUUCUCAUCGAUCCAAUAAACAAUGGUUACUUAUACACUAAGCCAGAUGAUUUCAAAGAUAAUAAAGCGAAUCUCAACGAGAAAUUGAUAGCAAUUAAGGCACGCGAUAGAAAUCCGAAGAAUAUUCAGAUGAUUCCAAAACUUCAAAUUUGCACAAAAUAA